AUGACGCCGAAGGCCUGUGACCAGUGUUAUCGGAAUAAAGAGAAGUGCUCAUUCACACUGGCUGCCGAGAAGCGACUGGGUCGUAGGCCAAAUUCCAAAAGUUUUGUUCACGGCAGCCUGCAUAUUUGGGAUUACGAACGAGGCAAUCAGAUCGAGACAAACAAUUCUAGAUCGUCUACUCGCGCUUCUAACUGUAUUUCUCCUUCAACUAGUGCAAGCUGUCUCGAUUUAGCAUUGCCCCGAGAGAAAAAAGAAGAUGACGAGCAAGAUGUGCCGCUAGCAAGGGUAUUGGAUCAGAUACUCCAAUACCACUCCACACUCCAAACAACGACGGAUGCGAUGCGGAUCGUGACGCAUGAUGUACAAUUCGCCGUAAUCCACAUACCUUUUACGAUGGGCCGCAGCUUUAUGAAUGAUCUUCGAAACUCGGUCUACUCCGUCCUAUCGCAGUCAGCCCCGACCCUCACAGAUGGAUAUAUAGCUUUUCUGGUGUUAGUGGCACAUUGUCAAGCUUCCCGCCUUUACUGCACCACCCCCGAUUUAUACCGGGGAGCAAGAGCUUUGCGGGUUCUACGCAAUAUCAAGACAGUGAGGCAUCAAGAUGCAGUUGGUAUUCUGCUUCUUGGCCAAGUUUUAUUUGUAUUUGAGAUCCUCACCGACACUUUUACGUCUUCCGCCCAUUCUAUUGUCCGGAGCGCACUCAUCUCAGCACGCCGAUGGUAUCCAUUCCUGUUGCAAGAGCCUAGAUUCGAUACGAUUACCAUAUGUCCGAUAAUUAUGGAUACAGUAUGCUGCCUGGUAUACCGAGAAGUGCCUGUAAUUCGCUUAUGCAUCCAAAACCGAAUAAUCGUUGAUCGCUUUAUGGGUGUAAGCUCUACACUUAUGCCUCUUUUGUAUGACCUUUGUGUGAUAAGCCAUAUCGCAAAGUCCGCAACGGCCGGAAUUACUCUGAACUCCCCAAGGACAAUAGAUGAAGAGCACCCCGACGACUGUUACUCUGACAUAGAGAAGAGCAUUGAGGAUUGGGUGCCGACCCUGCCUCCUGAUUUCCUUUCUGCGUACGACAAGGCCGAGGUCCAAAUGAUGUUGACGCAAGCCAACGUUUACCGACUAGCAGGUUUGCUAGUCAUUCAUCGCCUUAGAUAUCCCUUUGGAGUACGGGAUAGUGUCGCACAGCAUUAUGCUAAUUGCAUCUUUUCUGAAAUGUCAUCGUCUUGUGCUGCAUUGACUCAGGACGGCAUGAGAGCACUUCCCAUCAUGUUUCCCCUGUGGAUCUCAAUGUUUGAAGUUGAAGGUCCUGGUGAGGACCUGCUGGAGAAAUUUAGUUGCUUUCCGUUGCCAAGUGUGUGCAUGUCAAAGCUAUGUGGUUUUGUAAAACAUGUCAGGAUGGCUAAGGAAUCCGGCUACAACGGGUUAUGGUUUGAUCUGGUUGAAAAUAACCUCCAUUUUGCUGUUAUACCUUAA